AUCACCCCAUAAAUAGGGGUCCUCUUCCCCCUUCUUCCCUCAAGUCCAUCACUCUCUUUCCCAGCUCCAAAAAGUCAAAUCCCCCUUCAAGCCAAUAAGCAAGAAAGCAAUCAUGUUGACCAAGUCUUCCCUCCUCGCCCCCUUCAUCCUCCUGAUCUUUCUCAUUGCCUCCUCUCUCGCCGCUGAUCCCGAUAUGCUCCAAGAUCUUUGUGUUGCCGAUUUGAACUCCCCUGUGAAGGUGAACGGAUUUGCAUGCAAAGCCAACGUGAGCGAGGGCGACUUCUUCUUCAAGGGACUGGCCAACCCAGGCGCCACCAACAACACUCUGGGAUCCCUGGUGACGGGGGCCGACGUGGGGAAAAUCCCGGGGCUCAACACACUUGGCGUCUCCAUGGCCCGCAUCGACUACGCCCCUGGCGGGCUCAACCCUCCCCACACCCACCCCCGUGCCACCGAGAUAGUCUUCAUCCUAUACGGCACCCUCGACGUCGGCUUCAUCACCACCGCCAACAAGCUCAUCACCAAGACCAUAACCAGGGGUGAGGUCUUCGUCUUCCCCCGGGGACUCGUCCACUUCCAGAAGAACAACGGCCAUGUCCCAGCCUCCCUCAUCGCCGCCUUCAACAGCCAGCUCCCAGGGAUCCAAGCCAUCGCCGCCACCCUCUUCACUGCCUCUCCGCCGGUGCCUGAUGUUGUGCUUGCUCAGGCUUUCCAGAUCAGCACCAAGGAGGUGGAGAAGAUCAAGGCUGGCCUUGCUCCCAACAAGUGAUCAUAUAUGUACGUAAGAGAGAUAUUAGACAGCUUGCAUGAAUUUGCCGUUCGGUUUGUUUGCGAGAAGUUUCAGACUUCAAACUUACGAAUUGUUGUGCGCGUUCGUAACUCUUGGCUUCUGGUUAGUUUCUUUGGUGCUGUUCUGUAACGUCACUUUGUUUCAGGGAGGAUGACGGAAUAAUAACGUUCUAUAUAUAUAUUAUAUAAUAUACGGAUCUCAA